CAAGAAAGUUAGCUGUCAAAAUUUACUAAGCGUGACGUUUUACCCAUUUGUGCUUUUCAAAAAUUGUUAGCCAAUUUUCUGGUGACAAAUUAGUAAAGUUUUAGGGUACAAAUAUCGUAUGGAUGCUUGAACUAUCGUUAUCGUAAAGGAUGACGGAUCAAGAAAAUAAAAAUGCGCAAGGCGCCGGCGGCGGGUCUCCGGUGGUGAUGGUCGAACAAUCGACUGCGAGUAGGCACAAGCCCUACCGCCCCACUGACUUGCAGGAAGAGGGCCAAACAGAACUGCAUCACAAACGCUCGCGUGCACCCGCCGUACCAUCAGUUGCUGAAGAGUUGAAAGAUUCAGCUGACAAUACUGACAUCAAAGAGCUAAAGGACGACAGCGUGAUGACUACCGAGAAACAAAAGCAUAUAGUCGCCAAGAAAUUAUCGUUGACCACGAAGAGGCGAGGUUCGUCACCUGAAGCAAUAUCAAUGACGCCUUUGGAUGUGGAAGUGCAGAGAGCUGAAAUAGUCACAGUGCCGUCACAGCCAAUACCGCCAUCACCAACACAAGAGAGCACGGACGCGUCCCUUGUCGCAGAAUCAGAGAAAAAGACGGCGGCAGUCAAGGACGACGAGGACAGCAUAACAGAAGAAAUUGCCGAGUUGCGGACAGCCGAUCCGACCCAAAAAGCUUCCGAAUGGGAUAAUGAAAAGCGUAUUCAGAGAUAUGUACCCGAAUAUCAAGACACUGAAGAGACUGUACCUCUGCAAAGGAAAUUAGCAAAUGAAAUAAUUAUCAAAAUUGAUAACGAAACAGAAAAUAGGAAGGAAGCUUCGGUAUUUGGAGAUAAUGCGGAAACUGUCCCAUUACAGCGAAAGGCGGGUUCUGGUGCCUUACAUGAGACUAUAACCAGUUCACGAGAGUUAAAGAAAAAGGAAAUCUCGUGGAACGCUGACACAUAUAUAGACAAAGUGCAUCUACAGAAUUUGAAUGCUCGAAGCACAUCUUGGAUGUUAGAAAGGAAAGCCUCCGUGGGGCCUUGCUACAGAAAAACUUUACCGUUCGGAGAACCCUCUGGUAUAAUGAUAUGUUUACCCAAGAAAUCUGUGAAAACUGACACUGAAAUUAUAAAUCCGCUAAAAUCGGGGAUUUCCUUAACUAUUUCAAGGAAAUGCUUAGAAGGCAGUACAAAAUCGUCAACCGAUAAUAAAGCGAAAAUCGUGCCACUCGGCCUGCACUUGCCGAGGCAAGAGAAAAAAGUCGAAUUAAAAAUUGAGGAGGAAAAUUACGCAAACUUCUUAGAAAACGUGAAGGGGAAGAUAAACAAUUUUCGCGGGAAAAUAAAACAUGUUUUACACAUGUAGUUUUCGAAUAAAUUUAUGUUUUUAAAUGUUUUUUUUU